AUGGCAGAAAUAGGAAAACCAGCAGCCCACCCUACAGGGUCCAUGUCCAGCAGCUGCUGUGCUCGCUUUCAUUUCUGCCCCACUCGGGUUCAAAUGAAGGCCAAAAAGAUGCCAACGUCUGUGCCCAUGACAUACACAAGGGUGAUGAACCACCAGCACCAGCAGCAGAUGACAUCCAGUACUACUCUGUCCCAGCAGAACCAUCCAGCCCCAAACCCACAGGCUGGCUUGAUGAGUUUGCCCAAUGCCUUAACCACCCAGCAGCAGCAGCAACAGAAACUACGGCUCCAGCGGAUCCAAAUGGAAAGAGAAAGAAUCCGAAUGCGCCAGGAGGAACUCAUGAGACAGGAAGCUGCUUUGUGUCGACAACUUCCCAUGGAAUCAGAGACAAUGGCCUCUGUUCAAGCUGCUGGGAAUACACCUGCCAUGGCCCAGGAAAUAAGACCAAUAACAAAUAACAGUUCGGAUCCUUUUCUCAAUGGCGGGCCAUACCAUUCCAGGGAACAGAGCACCGACAGUGGCCUCGGUUUAGGAUGCUACAGCAUACCCACGACUCCUGAAGAUUUCCUUGGCAACGUCGAUGAGAUGGACACAGGGGAAAAUGUAGCGCAGACACCGAUGAAUCUAAAUGCCCAGCAGACCCGUUUCCCCGACUUCCUUGACUGUCUUCCUGGAACAAAUGUUGAUCUCGGGACUCUGGAGUCAGAGGACCUGAUUCCAAUCUUCAAUGAUGUGGAGUCUGUCCUUACCAAAAGUGAGCCCUUUCUGACCUGGCUGUAAUCCGCACUCUUGGCUUUGACCUCCCCCCUCCAUCCUCCAUCAUCUUCUCCUCUUCUUUGGAAAAGAGGUGGAGCCCAGAAAGAACUCGAGAUUUCCAACCAUCUUUACAUCCGUGUGGUCAAUUGAAAUUGUUGUCUGGAUCUGAUUGACAAUAACUUAAGUUUAAAGUAUAAAUAUAAAAGUGUACAUUUUCACUUUAUUUUUUAAUCGUAUCUGUUUGCUACAGCAUCCUGGCUGAGGAGAGAGCAGGCAGAAAUUGUUUCCUCUCUGUUUCCUUUUCAUUGGCCCUUGAAGAUGCUUGUGGGGGUUAGUUUAAAUUAUAAGCUGAUAAACAAGGGAAAAAAAAAAUAAAGCAAAGAGUUGGCCACUAGAUCUGAUGUGACAGCUUCAGCCAGCAUCCCUGUACCAGAUUAGACCCAAAGUACAGGUCAGCAGCUAUAUUUAUGACAGUAGUACCAAGUGCUUUACAAAAAUAAAAAAUAAAACUCUAUUUAACUUGAGCUUUAAAGAAAUCAUUGUAUUGUUAGUCAAAUAAUACUGUAUAGAAUGCCGAGUAGCUUUGAAUUCGUGCUGGCUAUGAUAAUAAUAAUCAUUAUUCUAUAUUUUCAGAGGCACAGACAAUACUGUUAUUGUUUAUUCCCCAGCGUAUUACUCUUUGGGUUCCAGAAAAUGAACAGUUCCAAAUUCAAAAGUAGCAGAUUUGUCUAGUAACUGUUUUAUUCUAAAGAUGCCGUAAAAAGAGACCAGAUCAGUGCUAAGCAACACCACCAUGAGAAAAAUAAGCCAGCGGAAUGAAAAAAACAUGCAAUUAUAAUAAAAUGCAACUUAGAUUAUGAUGUUUAUUUUUAUUAAGCACUCACUGUAAUUUUGUAACUGAUUAUAAUUAGCAACAGAAAUUUUUUUUUUUUUUGAUACAUCUGUGGCAACUGUUUUGUUGUUGUUGUUGUUGUUUGUUUGUUUGUUUUUUUGAUUCUUGGAAAAUAAUCCUAAAAUAUAUCAAGGUGGGAGGGAAA